UUCCCCCGAGUCGCUAGCCCACUGGUUGGAGGUGGCGGUGGCGGCGGGUCCGGAGGCGCAGCGGGCCGCUGCCCGGGUACUGCUGCGGACCGCUGCUGAUGCGGGUAGUGCUGCUUCGGGGAAACAGCGGCGGCGGCGGGUUGUUGGUUCGGAGGACGCCUCGCAGGGCCCUCCUGGCUUGGGUGACGUCAUCAACUUGUAUUCCGACGACGAAGGGGGCUUUACGGAGGUCGGCGACGACGAGGAUCAGGGCUUUGGAGAUUCGGAUUUGGGUUCUGACUUUGACGACGACGACGAUGAUGAUGAUGAUGAGGACGAUGAUGAGGACGACGACGAUGGUUACGGCGGCGGCGGCGGCGCCUACGGUUACCGCGGGCCGCCCGAAGGUGGGCUUCUUGAUUACGUCCCCCACCGCGCGGCCCGAAUUCAGCCCGGAGGAGGUGGAGGAGGUGGAUGGAGGCGUCGGGAGCGACAGUGGAUGCGGGAACUGUACGGAGAAGAACAUGAUGACGAUCUGGAUUUCGAUGACUACGAUGAUGACGAGGAUGAUGAUGAUGAGGAGGAUUACUACACGGACGAGGAGGAGCAGGCGUAUCCCGGGUAUCACCGGUACAUGGCAAGGCCGGGAGGGCCUGGCAUGUACCUGCACCAGCACCCGCACUACGGCCACCGUCGUCUUCGCGAUCCGCACUUGAUGGAUAUGGAGGCGGAGAUGCUCGAGGCGCGGCAUGUGGCGGAGGCGCGGAUGCAGAUGGAGGUCCGACGGGAGGAGCGGCUAGCUGCGAGGAGGGCAGAGAGGCGGGAGGAGAGGCGGGCAGAGAGGCGGGAGCUGCGACGGCUGGAGCGGCUGGCGCGGAGAGGAGGAGGAGCAGGAGGGGAGGCGGUGGUGGAUUUGACGGGGGAGGGAGACGGAGAGGAGGCGGCAGCAGGCGGCGCAGCAGCAGCAGCAGGAGGAGGAGGAGGAGGAGCAGGGCCCUCGGGUGUGCAGCGGAGGAGGCCCCACCACAACAAUGCGGCAGCAGGCGGAGGCGGAGGUGGUGGUGACAGCAGCGACAGUGAGGAUGGGGGAGACGGCGGCGGCAGAGGAGGAGGAGGAGGGGGUGGGGGUGACGGAGACGACUCGGAGGGAAGCCUUGACACGGACGAUGUGUUGGGCGGAUGGGGCGAGUCGGAGGCGGCGGCGGAGGAGGAGGAGGAGGGCGAGGAGGAGCAGCAGGAGGAGGAGACGACGACAAAUGCCAUGCAGGUGGAUGGCGGAUCAGCAGCGGAGGCAGCAGCGGAGGCAGCGGAGAGGGAGAGGCUGCGAGCUGAGAAGGGCAAGGGGCCGGCAGCACCGCCGUCUACUGCUGCUGCUGGUGGUGCCGCGGCGGCGGCGGCGGCACCCACCUCCCGUCCUCCCCGCACGCACGGCUCCCGGCGGCAGGGAGAGGGCGCAGGUGCGGGUGGUGGUGGCUCGGGCAGUGGUGGUGGUGGUGCCGGACCUUCCUCUGCUGCUGCUGCUGCUGGUGCUGCUGCGGGUGCUGCUCCGGAGGCGGCCGCUGGUCGCCCCUCCUCACGCAGACGUCGUCGUGAUGCGGCUUCAGAGGAGAAGCAGGACGGCCCGGCGGCAGCAGCAGCAGCAGCAGCGGCAGCAACUGCAGCUGGGGGUAGUGCGGGUGCUGCCUCCACCACCCCCACCGCCCCCAGCCCCCCCUCCCUGCACUCCCUGGCCGUGUCGCUGUGCCGCACCUCGGCCUACCGGCUGCAGCGGCGGCUGCUGGGGCGGUCGGAGGCUGCAGCGGCGGACUGCGGCUUCUUCGCACUGGCGCAGUACAUCCGCGGUCGUGGUGCCUCUGCCGAGCUGGUGGCGCCCCUGAUGGUGGGGGCGCUGCGGGGGCUGGAGGCGCUGGCGUCCGUGCAGGCGGGGCGCAG